AUGACGAGCAUCCACUCUGUUCUGACUUUUCGCGAGAGCUGGCCUUUAUCAAGAGAACUCGACUUGAAGGGUGUCUAUGAGGAGCUGCGCCGCCUUCAGCUUUUCGUGGCUGUCAUUCGUGCCUGCAGCUUGCGGAGAGCCGAGCAAAAGCGGAUGGGCCCAGGCCUGGAUGGCAAAAAGUCCGAGUAUCCGCCAGUAUUUUCAAGCGUCGAGAUCGAGGACGCACUCGUGCUUGGCUACCUUGACCAGGCUCUCUUCAAGUACACGCGCAGUCCGGAGGAGGAUCCAAAUGCGGAUGGGAAGAAAUGGCUCCUGUCUUUUGGCACGAUGGGAGGAGAAACCAGGGUCAAGCCACUGACAGAGCACGAUGCUACUGGUGCAGGGUUCACCCGCCGGUAUUUGGCUGUUAGAAGAUGGGCCGAGAUGCAUGAAAAGUUUCUUCGAAACAGAGCGAACGAGCUGUCGCGCAAUGAUGUCAGGGCACUGAACCUACUUGAUCUCCCCGUGGAACUUCUGGCGAACGUCUUUGACUUCUUCAAACAUCCCGCACUUUCAAUUCAGGGAGGCGUGGAUUGGAAGAUGGAGGGGAAUGGCGAAUCAAAUACGAGAUCGAGGCGGUUCGAAACCCUCAAAAAUGCGCGACUUGUCUGUCGUCACUUCAAUACCCUGGUGUCACCGCUCCUAUGUCCAAUUCUGCGUCUAAACGUGGAAGGUGCCUCUCUUGAUCGAUUGCGAAAGAUCACUGCAUCACCGUCGCUGAGGAGUGGGAUCCGAGGUAUUAAGCUGAAUCUCAACUAUUGCUUUGAGGAGAUUGCCAUGGAUGAAAUGCUAUUCCUCAGGGUCAUUAGAACCGAGGUAAAUGAUUUCUUCUCCUAUUGUGAGCAUGAAUAUGAGGAUGUCGACGAUCGAGCUGAGCCCACUCGAAAGGGGAAUAUGCUCAUAUCAAGUGCUAUCUCCUUUUGCCAGGACGAAGGGCUGAUGGGGGCAAAUGCAGGACCUGAGAGGGAGGAUUAUCAAUACAUCGACGCUCUCCGCCGAGGCUACCUGAACUACAAAGAUCUGCACCUAGAGCAGACCCGUCUCCUCAAGCACGGAGAUUUUGCACACGCUCUAUCAAAAAGCCUUGCUCAGUUGAAGUGUUCUAUAGGCUUAAAAUUAUGUGAUGAUCUCACGAGGUAUACAUAUGAGGAUGUGCAUGGCAUACUACAUGCGCCGGGGACCAGACGAACCCCCCAAAUUUUCGCAUCUGCGGAGGCGCUGGUCAAAUCAAUCUCUAGGCCACACCAGUGGGUUGGCUUGAGAGGAUUACAAUUACCUGUUGGUAUCGAACCAGCACGCCUUCUCUGCGAGCUGCCGCUGGCCCUACACAGAGAAGGUGUGUCAGUCGACCGUUUCACACCAUCUAUCCUGAAGAGACUACGUUCGUUUCAACAACUAUGUCCAAGGAAAUAUAUUUCCGAUAAGGGACCAGAGGAGGGCUGGGGACAGCUUCUUGCUUUCUCCAAGCGUCUACGCUCCUUCGAAAUCCCACCGGGCGAAGUACACACCGAAUUUUCUCGACCUGUCCAAGAACCGGACAUGCUCAUUAUUGAGAAUUAUUUUAGAGCGAUGCUUGCUAGUGAUCGUCUUGUGAAUCUAAAGCUUUCUCUGGGAUUCCUCAUGCACUAUACUCGUCCUGGCCCCCAAAGCAACGGGAGCCGGGGGGGAAGGUAUUACGAGUUAAAGUCCAGUAUCUUCACUUCCCCAUGGCCAAAUUUACAACGAGUGUCGCUUCGUUUUCUGUCUCUUCCACAAAGAGAACUGGAGCUUUUUUGCCAGAAUUUAAGCUAUGAACUAGUUGAAUUUUUUAUGAGCGAUGUGAAAUUGUCAAGUGGGAAAUGGGAGACCAUUGCCGACAUGUUGCAUGGAAGGCUGGCACAAACCGCGAGGUUGAAGAAAUGUACAGUCAAGGUAUCAGCACUGCGUGGAGGGGAGGCUGCUGAGAUUGCACAGAGGCAAAAUGCGAAACGGAAUCCAGAAUCUCUCUCUCAACAUUUGAUCCAGGACGGCUCAUUGGAGUUGAGUCGUAUGGUUGAACAAUAUCUAACUGGAAAGUGCGACAUCAACCCACUAUCAUUCACUUCGAUGAACAACCUCGCCGCGUCUCAGCAUACCAAAUGA